AUGAAGAAAUUCGGGUUCUCGAGAAAGUCAGACAAAGCUGCCAGUUCAGCGUCCGACAACCCAUACGCCCAGCAGGCUCCGGCGGAUGACCCAUACGCGAGCGGACCCCAGUCCGUGGCCCUCGUGCGGGGCUACCCUCCGGUCCCCGAGGUGGUGGUGGCGGCUUUGGUGGCCCCCGGCCCCCGCCCCGCUCCGCCUCAGCAGUCCAACAGCUACGGAAGCCAAAACCAAGGAUACGGAUCCGAUAAGUACGGCUCUGGCGGUGGAUACGGCGGUAAUCGAUACGAUAACGGCGGCGGACAGAGCCAAUCCUCCUCUAGCUCACGCCCUGGAGGCUACGGCGGAGUCUCUAAGGGAGAUUCUGACAGCUACGGUGGGCGAAGUAACUACUCGCAGAGCUCCCAGCCUAGUUACGGAUCGUCGGGUAGCACUGGCGGUCGAUACGGUGGUGGUAACGAUGGCAGGGGGCAACUCGGACGAAACGAUAGCACGUCCACCGAGGCAAACCGUGGUGAUCUCUUCGGCGGCGCCCAGAAUCGCUAUAAUGCUGAGCGUGGAAAUGCCUAUAGGGAUGGUCCUCCUCAGAACCAGAACCAGGGCGAUCAACGAUUUGGGCAAGGAAAGUCAGCAGUGUCGGCUGUCGACUCUGGGCCAUAUGGGGGCUCUCAAGGCGAGAGGCUCCAAAAUGCCGAACGAAAUAUGGACCUUGCGGAUAACUACAACGCCGUGGGCCUUGACAAAACAAAGGAAUUGCAAACUGUCAACCGAAGCAUGUUCUCCGUGCAUGUUGCGAACCCGUUCACGGCUAAGAAACGUGCGGCGGCUCGGGAUCAGGAGGUCAUGGACCGCCACCGCUCAGAAAAAGAUCAAAGAGAGGCUACCCGACGUGCUCACUACGAGGAGAGCCAGGCAGUAGAACAGUCGUUUCGGGGAAUGGACCUUAACCAGCAACCAGCGCCCUCAUAUGCGCGCCCUACCCGGGAGAACAAUAAGUUUAUCUUUGCCGAGGAAGACAGCGAUGAGGAAAGAAAGGAAGACGCGAUUAACAACAAUCUCGAUGAAAUGUUCCACCUAACUACCACCCUAAAAUCCCUAGCCACCCAAACCGGCUCUGUACUUGACCAGCAGAACCGGGUUAUCGAUCGGAUUGGUGCAAAGACCGAUCGUGUGGAUGAUGGAGUCAAGCGGAACAGGAAUGAGCUAGAUAAGAUCCGAUAG